GAGAUUGUCAAGGCAACCGCUGUUUCUCAAACAAUAUAAUUCGUAUUUUUAAUGAUUUACCAAGUUUAUAUUCAACAAUAUAUGUAAUUAUAACAAUUAUAACAAACAAGAACGUAUUAAAAAUAAGUAAAAAGAAUAAUGUAUCAUUUUAAGUUUCAUUUUUUAAAAACGUCAGUGCCAGCUGACUAUGACCCGGAAGUUGAUUUGUUCUCAGAAAGAGCUCCUCUGCUUUCCUGGACCGGUAUGGAGGGUCAUGGCAUCCUGAAAGCCUUCCCCAAAGUAAAAAGACCCAGGCCUAAUGAGCAGAAGGACGCGCCUCCCCUCAAGAAGACGCUCGCUGAACCAAUAAAAGGUACAGUUUUCCAAGGAACCACAAUAUACAUAGUUCCAGCUGGUAUAGGGAAAGCCAGGUGUGAUAUAUUUCAUCGGCAGAUCACCCAGAAUGGAGGACAGGUAGUUUCCACAUUCUCUCCCAGCUGCACACAUGUUGUUGUUGAUGAUUCAGUUGAUUGUAAGAGAGCUUUGAGACUUCUGAAAGUGGAAAGAUUGCCCUCUGCUGUUCAACUGGUCAAAUGCACUUGGUUGAGUGCCUGCAUCAGUGAGAAAAGUUUACUAGACCCUGAAGACUACAGCCUUCUUCCUCCUGAGAGUCCCACAGUUGCUCUUGCUGAGGAGACAAAUAAGACGGCAGUCAGCCCAGUUCCAGAUGUAGCAGCAGCAGCACGGGAUCCUUUGAAAAUCCUUGAAAAUCAAGAAAACCCUCAAGAAAAUCUCACAGAGACGGUGCCAGAGGUUCAGGAGGAGCACCAUGAAGAAGAUGGUGUAUCUCAAAACGAUCUGGAAGCCUUGAUCAGUGGCGUUCACCCAUCUGAAAGCAGCCCGACUCAGAGUUUGGCAGAGAAUCCAGUUUUGUCUGGGAAGUGGGUCUGUUCCCAACCAUCCACAACUAAAGGGGAGAACCAUAACAAGCACAUUACUGACAAACUGGAGCCACUGGCCAAAGCCUAUACGCACACGGGCGAUAAAUGGAGAGCUCUGGGCUAUUCUAAAGCGAUCAAUGCCCUUAAGAGCUACCACAAGCCUAUCACUUCAUAUGAGGAAGCGUGUAAGAUCCCAGGCAUUGGUAAACGCAUGGCAGACAAGAUCAUGGAAAUCAUGGAAAGUGGGCACUUGCGUAAACUGGAUCACAUUGGGGAGGAGGUGCCUGUUCUUGAAAUGUUCACUAACAUCUGGGGCGCUGGGGCCAAGACUGCUCAGAUGUGGUAUCAACAGGGAUUUCGCACAUUGGAGGAUAUUCGCACUAAGGCGGUUUUGAAUCACACUCUAAGGAUUGGACUAAAACACUACGAUGACCUCCUUGAGCGGAUGCCAAGAAGUGAAGCAAAUGCCAUCGAGAAAAAGGUGAAGGAGGCAACUCACAGUGUGGACACACAGCUGGUGGUUAUGGCAUGUGGUUCAUACCGCAGGGGCAAGAGCACGUGUGGAGAUGUGGACGUCCUCAUCACUCACCCUGAUGGAGAAUCACACAAGGGUGUUUUCAGCAAAGUGUUGCACCACCUCCAUCAGAGUGGUUUCCUGACAGAUGACCUUGUUAGCCAUGAGGAGAAUGGUGAACAGAAGAAGUACAUGGGCAUCUGCCGGCUUCCAGGCCCUUCACAGCGCCACAGGCGCUUAGACAUCAUUGUAGUGCCCUAUGCUGAAUUUGCAUGUGCUCUUCUGUACUUCACUGGCUCCGCCCACUUCAACAGAUCAAUGAGGGCAUUGGCUAAGACCAAACACAUGAGCCUAUCAGAGCACUCGCUGAACUGUGCUGUGGUGCGGCAGCGUGGUGUGAAGCUGGUGGCGGGAACUCCUUUACACACACCUACAGAGAAGGAUGUCUUCAAACACCUCAGCAUACCGUACAGAGAACCACAUGAGCGAGACUGGUGACAAGGGAGGCUACAUUCAUAUUAUGUUAUAUGACUAUGCUUUGCAUGAGAACACUAUGAUUUUAACUAUAUACAAUCAUGCUGUUGUAAUCACAUUUCUGUGGGAGUGCACUAUAGAAUUGUUUUAAUUUGCAUCAUGUGGUAUUAAAGUUCUUAAACUUUUUAUUGGAUGCAUUUUUAUGAGAAGUGUCAUUACCUCUUGAUGUAUAUUACUCAAAGUAUGUAAAUUAUUAAAUCCUCCUCAAAAAGUG